AUGCUCUUUGUACAAAUGCUCUUUGAUUUUGAUGGUGGAGCGCACACACACGGAAGAGCAGCCCCUACAGCUGCCAGCGGGUGUUUCUAAAACAGACUCGUUGCUGAGAGAGAAGGACCUGUCAAAUCUCUCACGUCCUAGAAGAAACACAAGUGAGGUUCGCGAUUGAUGCAACACAGUUUUAAGUGAAGAGUGAAGUUGAUUCAACGAUUUUGGUAAGAAGAGCCACGUUUCAAACGAGGAAUAGAGCAUUCCGACGGGAAGAUGUUUUGCGUGGCAGAACUUUGGAUGAACGUUUUAAUGGUGGGGACUUCAAACACGCGUGUUGCAGCAUUUGAAAGGACUGGACUGCUAUUCUCGUCGGCUACUGAACACAAACGUUGUCAUCGGGCUAGAGUAUGAGAGUAGGCCAUUGAGGACAAUGCUAACACAAUUUCCAAGGGCUGCUACACCGGGACAUGUGCAACGCUCCACCGCAUUCGCUCGUUGUCCACCAUGACAACCACUGCCAAUAACUUUGUUGUAAUGUAGCAAACCAACGAUCGCUUAAUUUUAUAUAUUGUUUUACUCAGACUAACACAAUGAUUCGAGUGGUUUGGUUUUUGAUGCAGCGUAAACGUCGGGGAUGAAGAUGUUUAUCUUCAGUGUCCUGGCGAGUUUAUUCGCGUUUACUUCACUGACAUGUGGCUAUCAGAUGUCGUGGGGAAAUUGGAAUGGCAAUUCGCAGAACCGAGUGAGUAAUCGUGACAAGACCACUCAACCUCACAUAAUUUUCAUCCUGGUUGAUGACCAAGGCUUCCGGGACGUGGGCUACCAUGGGUCCGAGAUCAAAACCCCAACUCUGGACAGGCUGGCAGCGCAGGGAGUGAAACUGGAGAAUUACUAUGUGCAGCCUCUCUGUAGCCCUUCCAGGAGUCAAUUGAUGACUGGCAGGUAUCAGAUCCACACGGGCCUCCAGCACUCGGUUAUCCGGCCCACCCAGGCCAACUGUCUGCCCCUGGAGAACGUCACACUGCCACAAAAACUCCGGCAGGCGGGCUACUCCACCCACAUGGUGGGCAAGUGGCACCUGGGCUUCUACAAACGCGGCUGCAUGCCCACCCAGCGUGGCUUCGACACCUUCUUUGGGUCCCUGCUGGGUAGCGGUGAUUACUAUAGCCAUUAUAAAUGUGACGGUCCUGGCAUGUGUGGCUAUGAUCUCUAUGAAGGGGAGGAGGCGGCCUGGGAACAAGAUAGGGGCCAAUACUCAACCCUGAUGUUCACCCAAAAAGCUGUGGACAUCCUGGCUCACCACAACCCUCAAAAACCCUUAUUCCUCUACUUGGCCUUUCAGGCGGUCCACUCCCCGCUACAGGUGCCCGCUCUCUACCUGGAGCGCUACAAGUCCAUCCCUAACUUACAUCGUCGCAAGUACGCCGCCAUGGUGUCCUGCCUGGACGAGGCCAUCCACAACCUCACGCUGGCGCUAAAGCGCUACGGUUUCUAUGACGAUACAGUGAUAGUGUAUUCGUCAGACAACGGGGGCCAGCCCAUGGCCGGGGGCAACAACUGGCCACUGAGGGGGAGCAAGGCAACUUACUGGGAGGGGGGCAUCCGGGCUGUAGGCUUCGUCCAUAGUCCCCUGCUUGUGAACAAGGGGACCCAAUGUCGGGCGUUGAUUCACAUCACGGACUGGUUCCCCACCCUGGUGUCCUUGGGGGAGGGGACUCUGGACGAAGACCUCAACCUGGACGGGUACGACGUGUGGGAGGCCAUCAGCGAGGGCCGUCCGUCCCCCCGACAGGACAUCCUACACAACAUUGACCCGAUCUACACUAAGGCCAAGAAUGGAUCCUGGAAGGCCGGCUACGGCCUCUGGAACACGGCCAUCCGUGCCGCCCUCCGGGUCGGUCACUGGAAGCUCCUUACUGGGGUGCCGGGCUACAGCGACUGGGUCCCUCCGCAGACGUUCUCCAGUCAACUUCUGACCAACCGCUGGCAUAACGAACGCAUCCGCUGGGACCGAGGAAAGUCCAUCUGGCUGUUCAACAUCACAGCAGACCCCUAUGAACGAGUGGACCUGUCACUACACUACCCACACAUAGUGAAGAAGAUGCUAUUGAGGCUAGCACAGUACAAUAGGACGGCCAUCCCGGUGCGCUACCCGGCUAAAGACUCCCGCUCCAACCCUAACUUUAACGGAGGGGUUUGGGGACCCUGGUACAAGGAGGAAGAGGAUGAAGACGAUACGGAGACUAACCUCUUCACUAACUACCUGGCCAAGAAGAGACGGAAGAAGAAAGCGAAGAAGAGGAAGCUGAAAAGAAAGGGGGAGGAUUAGACUUUUUUUUUAUUGUGACUUUUUGUGUGAAAGACUUUUAGAUGGUCAGAUCUCAGGGAUUGACACACAAUCUGUCUUAAAGGUUUGUCCUGCUCAAUGAUUUGAAGACUUGAAUGGACUGGUGCUUGGAUAGUAUGGGAAAUCAAUGGACAAAUGGACAUAGAUUUGCCUCAGAGUAGGCUAAAAGUAGGCUUUAUGGAAAAUACCCACUUUAAAUCACUACUGUCAGACCCAACACCUAAGACCUCAUGACUAUGGGUUAAGGCCUUUAAAAGAAUGUUUGUUUUUCUGGUUUUUAUUGCAUGCUUGAAUUCCUGUGACAUUCAGAUUGUUAAUAGAUUCAUUACAUUUCAUCAGAGGGAAAAUAAAUAUAGAAUUAAUCUUUACAGACAGCGUCAUAUAUUUUGGGUGAAAUAAAAAGAACCAACUAAACAAAACAGUUUAUUCUAUUAGCUGUUGAUUGCAGUGUUUUCAAGAAUAUGAAAAUGUAGGAUUUAUAUCUGCUAGUCAGCUGAGAUUUACUUUGUUUUAUUAGCACAGUCGGUCUGAACCUUAGAAUAAUGUAUGUUCUCCCCCCUUAGGUCUGUCUGCUGUGGCUCCAGUUCAACUUGAAUGUAAAACAAACUAGCUAACAAAAUUUAAAGACCACGAUGCAAUGUAUUUUUUUCUUCAUUUGUCUCAUUCUGCCACGGAGUCUUUUCUCAUCUUUCUCUCUCUGUACUUCCACAUCUCUCCCUUGCGCUAUCUCUUGCUCACUUUUUGUCGCUUGAUUUCUCUCGCUGUCAAUGACAAAUCUAUCAGUCCCAAUUUUUGCAGCAGUAAGUUUGUUUUGUGUGACAGGAAAGUUUUCUAUGUCUGCUGCACAUUGUCACUGCAGCCGAUGGCACGUGGCUACUUCAUACCUUUUUUUUAUUUUAGUGGAAAAUACUAUAAAGUUGAACUUGGUCCAGUGUGCCAGAUUCAACUCCUAUGUUGCUUGCCUUGAAGCGCCAGAUUCAUCAGUCGGUGUUGAACAGUAAAACAUAAAUGCCUUAAAUGGAAACAAAACACAUGGUUUUGGGCAAAGAAAUGUAACUUGCAACCAUUUAAGUCAAACAGUAUUUAAUUAGAUUUUCUGUUGCUUGACGCUGUCAAUAAACAUACUUUUUUUUAUA